UCGUUUGUUUUAGAUUAAGAAAGUUAUUUCAUUCAUAGGUAAGAUGGAUGGAACCUCAUAUUUGUUUUGGCCGGCGAUUCUGUUUACGCUUCUUGCAAUUAUAGUAGCAGCAGUUUUUAUGGGAAGAAAUAAAGCUCCUGCGCCGUCAAAGUGCUCCCAUCAAACUAGCGCUGUUAUGGAGGAGAGAGCUGGUCCAGACCCUGGAGUUUCCACACACUGUCAUGAAAAACAAAACAAUGAAAGCAACCAACAUGUCAUUCCUCCAAAAUCUAAUGCAAAGAGCCUCAAAGCCAAAGGUGAAACUAAACUUGUAAAGGAUUCAAACUCAGAUAAUGUGGAAAAAGUUUGCAAGUCAGAUUCUCCAGUUCACACCUCCACUGGUUGGGGAGAGGAUUUCUCCGAGUCUGGGAUAAGGAAUGCCCUGAGGAAUUAUGCUCAGUCACCUGUAGAUGCGGAGAAGAAACCAUUGAGGUACAUGGCCGGCAUGCUGAGGACCUGUCAGCUUGAGAAGAUGAUGAGCAGAGAAGAACUGGAGGAAGAGCAGAGGGUUCAGCGAGAGCAGUUAGCUGCCAUCUUCCAGCUGCUCAGAGAGAAACAAGACACGUUUGGUGAGGUGACAGAGAGCGAUUUACAAGAACAGCUUAAACUCUAUUCUAUUUGAGAGUGUGGUUAUGUGGAUUAUAGAUUCAAAUACCAUUUUAAGGAGAGUUCAAGUUGAAAUCAGUGACUUCAGUUAACCUAAAAGAGGGGUUGUUUUUUACUUAUAUGUAUAUAUAUAUGUAUUUAUUACUCAUUAUUAUACAUAAUAUAAGUAGUGAGGAAUCAGAAUCUGGAAAAGUUUAGUAAAAAAAAUCAGUAGUAGUGCUUUAGCUUGACUUACUGUAAUGGUUAUAGUGCAUGUCAGUUCAAAUCCUUGUUAAAUACAGUAUGAACUAAACUGAAAUAAAAUUCAAAAUCUGCUAAUAUUA